AGAGAAGUAGAGGAGUUUCAUGACAACCACAGUCCUCCUCCUCUGGCUCCAGAAGGCGCCUCAUGACGCGCUGCCUCUCUUUCUCUCUCCGUCUAUCUGGCAUGUAGCUCAGCGGGGUUUGCUUUAAUUCACUAGGACACAUAUAUGGAGCAGAGGGAAGGAGAACAGAGCAGAUUCCUUCGGGUCAUGUAAGAAGAAACAGCUACAGUGCGUGAUUUUUUCCUCCAGUGUUUUUACGCGCAGCGGAGCGAUGGAAGCGGUGCGCCCGGAGCGGAGCGCUGCGCCUCGGCUCUGCCUCCUCCUGCUGCUCCUACUGGGUUCCGCCGUGUCCCCCUUGGCAGCCUGGGACCUGGUGCUUCUCCACACCAACGACGUGCACGCCAGAGUGGAGGAGACCAGCGUCCACUCCGGUAAAUGUAGCAACAAAGGCGGCGGGUGUUUCGCCGGCGUGGCGCGGAGAGCCACGAUGAUCCGGAGGAUCCGCAGCUCCGAGAGCAACGUGCUGCUGCUGGACGCCGGUGACCAGUUCCAGGGCACCGUGUGGUUCAAUUACUACAAGGGAGCAGAGGCAGCGCAUUUCAUGAACAAGCUGCAGUAUGAUGCCAUGGUUUUUGGAAAUCACGAGUUUGAUAACGGAGUGGACGGACUCAUGAAGCCGUUCAUGGAGAAGAUCGAGUGUCCUGUUCUGAGCGCCAACAUCAAACCAGACAGAACUCUGGCCCCAACGUUCGGCACCAGUUACUCACCCUAUAAGAUAUUUACUGUUGGAGACCAGAAGGUGGGUGUGGUGGGAUACACGUCACAGGAAACACCUGCUCUAUCCAGACCUGGACCACAUCUGGAGUUCGAGGAUGAGGUGAGCUCUCUGCAGCUGCAGGUGAACAAACUCCAGACGCUUGGCAUCAACAAGAUCAUCGCUCUGGGCCACUCCGGCUUCACUGUGGAUCAGGAGAUCGCAAAGAAGGUCCGUGGAGUCGACGUGGUCAUCGGAGGACACACUAACACUUUCCUCUACACAGGAGAACCUCCUUCUUCUGAGAGACCAGCCGGUCCUUAUCCCUUCAUGGUGAAAUCAGAGGACGGGCGGCAGGUUCCUGUUGUGCAGGCCUACGCCUUUGGAAAGUAUCUGGGUCAUCUGAAGGUGACCUUUGAUGAUGCGGGGAACGUAGUGAGGUCGACAGGAAACCCCAUCCUGCUGGACAGCAGCAUCCCACAGGAUCCAGAUGUUCUUUCUGAUGUGGAGGAGUGGAAGAAGAGUCUGGCCAACUACUCAGCUCAGGUGGUGGGAAAGACUCUGGUCUUUAUGAACGGAACAACUGAAGAGUGCCGGUUUAGAGAAUGCAACCUGGGAAACCUCAUCUGCGACGCCAUGGUCGCCAACUACAUUAGGUUCCCCGAUGAUCUCCAGUGGAACCACGUCAGCGCCUGCCUCUUCAACGGAGGUGGCAUCCGGACAUCUAUCGAUGAAACCAGCAGGAAUGGUUCCAUCACUAUGGAGGACCUCAUCUCUGUCUUACCCUUUGGAGGAACCUUCGACCUGGUGCAGCUGAAAGGCUCCACACUGAGGAAAGCCUUUGAGCACUCAGUCAGGCGAUAUGGGAAGAGCACUGGAGAAUUCCUCCAAGUGUCUGGAUUUCAUGUAGAGUUUGACCUCUCCAAACCUGCGGGGAAUCGCGUCCAAAGCCUCACCAUCCUUUGCACAAAAUGUCGAGUUCCUCAGUAUGAAACAGUCGAGGAUGAGACGGUCUACACAGUGGGUCUGCCAUCCUACAUGGUGAAUGGUGGAGAUGGAUUCUCCAUGAUCAAAAACGAGACCCUCAAACACAACAGUGGGGAUUUGGACAUUUCAGUUGUGUCAAAGUACAUCAUACAAAGAAAGAAAGUUUAUCCUUCUGUUGAAGGACGCAUCAAAAUCUACAACUCGGCCUCUGGACUUCUGGGGCAAUCCACUCCACUGGUUUUACUGGGGCUGCUCUGGAGUCUAUGUUGCAGCAUCUAACUUUACUCACAAGAGGACAGAAAAAAUAUAUUUUUAACCAGACUGUGUUUUAUAAACUUCACGUUAAGAAUUAACAGAUGUCACGGAUGUAAUCCUACAAGACUGAAAAGCUCACCUCAUAAAAACUUUAUUUCCAUACUAAAGGAAAGCUCCUGUUCAGUCUUUUUGGGAGUGUCUCUAAAGCCCAUGUGGACCAAGUUUGGACAAAACUCCAAAAAACAUGGUCCAGUAUUUAAGAUAUGGAAGACAUUAAGCACUGCAAUUCCUCUAAUCAUCACUAAAUGGCAGCUUCAAGAAUUAAACUGUAGUGUACACUAGGAAAUAUGAAAUAAAAGCUCUCUGUCCACCAGAAGUUGAAAUUAUCAUAUUUCUGUUAUAAUGGAUUGAAAACAACCACUCACAUAGCACAUCUUAGCUCCACAGCUUCUGGUCUGUUAUUACUUUUUUUUAAAAAAAAUCAGUUACUGCCAAUAGCUUCAGAAUCAUCCAAAACUGAAGGCAGAAAUUAAAGCAGCUGGACAGACGAACCUUUGUAAACUGUGGUAUUCGAGAUCUUUUCUUGGGGUUUUAACUGUACAGAUCUGUUAUUUCGUAGUAAAUCUCUGAAAAUAAGUAUUUGUGUUGAGUUUUUAGUGUUUAGCUCAUGACUUUAUGGAUCAGUCAGUCAGUUGGUCUUUCUGUCGCAUCAAUGACCAUGAAACUUUUGCAGAUAUUCAUGAUUCCUACAUGAAGAAUCCUGUUUACUUGAUCACCUGACAGUUAAGUCCAUCUGUUAUAUACUGUCUAUACAUAUGUCGAUGCUUUGUGUGUAGUGCUGAUUUGCUAAUGUUAGUGUGUUAACAUAUUAAAGUAGGAUGCUAAAGAAGAUGGGAAACAUUUUACCUACUCAAUGUUGAUGCACGCAGACAUUAGCAUUUAGCUAGCUCCUAUGACAGUGGACUCCAGACGAAUUAUUUAAAUUAUCAAUUAUUUUAAACUAGCUCGGUUAGGAUUAAAUUGCAUUCAUUAUUUGAAAAUGCACUAAUGGAAUAGCAGCUCCAGUUCACCUUUAAUAAACAGCAAAUUGCAAAGGUCAAUGUUGGAAACUGCCAGUGAAAUUCUAACAAAUUUUCAGAGCAGUAAAAAAAAAAAAAAACUUUCAAAACUUAUUAACUUUUUAAAAAUUACAGUAAUUUGUCAAAAUGACGGCAGAAUACAAGAGGCAUAGAGCUCCUCUUUCAAAUGUAAAAAGUAUUAUGUAUGGUAUUCAUUAGUACAGUAGUUGGUCUUCUACUGACAAAAACAGCCUCUAUUGUAAACAAAAAUCUGGACUCAUGAACUUUUCUGCUUCCAUCAUAAAGGUCAGACUGCAUUUUGUAAUACAGCUCCAUGACUUCCAUGCACCACAGUGACAUUCAGAGCACUAAAUAUUUAUCCCGGUCAUACUGAGCAGCUUUCUGUGGUGCUACAGCCAUGAGGUCACUGCUGAAGCUCAAUCUAAACACUAGUUCAAGAAGUUUCAUUUGUGACAUUUACAGAUCGAAUUGGAAUGAAAGCACAGAUGUUUCCACUCACGUUUAGGGAUGAAUGAAGUAGUUUAUGACCCUUUCAGCAAGGUUGUUGCUAGAGGUACGGACCCGUACCCGUAGCCUGUGGACUACGGAUACGGCACUUUCCAUUUGUCAAUCAGAUACGCGAGAUCUGGUCACGUGACUCCCGGUAGACGCUAGUGGUACGGACCCGUAGCAUCGGUACUACAGGUACGGACCCUAAACCUGACCCUAACACUAACCCUAACCUUAACCUUUGCUUAUCUUUCAACAGUUUGCAGUGGUUAGCAGCUUCUUGACUCGUGAGACUCGCGUACGGGUCCGUAUCUGUCUGGCAAAUGGAAAGUGCCGUAUCCGUAGCCCACAGGCUACGGGUACGGGUCCGUAUCUGUAGACACUACCUUUCAGCAAAUACUGUCUACUCUGAUGAUGGUGGUGAUGUUGCUUCACUUCAGGCUGAGGAUCACUUUGACUUUCUGACUAAAUUUAACAUUUAGCUUUUAAUAAUUCCUCCGCGUAGAUGAAAAACGGCCAUGGAAGGAGAUUUGAAAUGUUUCUAAAACUUUGGACUAAUGGAACAUUUAACAUUUCUGAAACAUAAAUACAAGUAACCAUAAGAUACAGCAUGUCUGGGUUUGUUUACACUGCAUGGUCUCUGUUUAUACAUCAAGUUCGAGCAUGAUUUAUUUUCUGUUGAUUGAAUAUGUUCCAGAAAAAGGUUUGGCUUUCCAGGAAAUACUCAUUUUGGCUACAGUUAACAUGAUAGCUUAGCUUAGCACAAAGACAGGAAACAAGGGGAGACUGCUAGCCUGACUACAGUAGCUUUUUGUAGGUAACAGAGUCUGAGACUAACGCUGCUAUAAUGACCCUUUUGUGGAAUAAAAACCACAAACUAUCAUCAGCCACAUUUGUUUACAUUCAAGUGUUACAUUUAUAAAGUUCACAGAGAGGAGGAGGUUGGUGUGGAUGGACGGGUCAACAAAACAUUGGACCAUCCAAAAAAUGUUGUGUAUUAUGUUAUUAUGUUAAGAUGAUGACUUUAUCGAGUUGUUUUGAUGCCUAAACCAAACCUGUGUAACAUCAUUAAAGGGGUUGUCUGUUAUUUUUCUGCAA